UAGGGAAUGGCAGAUGGACGCCGACAGGCCGAGGCGAAACACGAGACUGCGGAGAGGGCAAAGAGAAGACGGGAAGAGAGAGAGAGAGAGAGAGAGAGAGAGAGAGAGAGAGAGAGAGAGAGAGAGAGAGAGAGAGAGAGAGAGAGAGAGAGAGAGAGAGAGAGAGAGAGAGAGAGAGAGAGAGAGAGAGAGAGAGAGAGAGAGGGAGAGAGAGGCUGGCGGAGAGAGGAAAAUAGCAGCGCUGUCACAGGGGAUAGACAGGCGGAUAGGGGGAGAGGGCAAGAAGCACGCUGCGAUGGAGGAGGAGGAACGGAGGGAGAGGGCGCAGGGACGGGAGGAGGGUCGCAGCUGGCGAAGGACGCAACGACCAUAGGCGUGACAGGGUACGACCAGGUGGACUUCUAUGGCUGGAUGGGUCUUCUCCUGGCUGUGAAUCGACCCAGCGUGUGCGGCAGCGGGGUGGACCACAGCGUCCUGGUGAUGGGGUAUAACAUCGGCCAAUGGGGCGCGUAUUGGAUCCUGCGCAACUCCUGGGGCGCCAAGUGGGGCAUCCAGGGCCACAUGGCGAUGGCCAUGACAGGAGGCAGUGGCAACUGCGGCAUUCACUCCGUGCCGGCCAUCUACCCUGUCAUCAAGACCUGUUCCCCCUGCAAGUCGCAUCAGAACCCAUGCGGGGGAGGCAUAUGUGUGCCCGGGGCGAAUAGCACCUACACUUGCAAGUGUCUGAAGCCGCUAUUUCUGCCUGCGGCUGACAGGGGUGGCGCGCAGACGUGUGUGUGGGCUGACGUGUGCAGCGUGCAAGACGAGAACCCGUGUGCAGUCGGCACGUGCAUCAACGACCAAGUGGGCGGCUAUGUUUGCCUCUGCCCACCAGGAUUCGUCCAAGGGGUUCGUCCCAACGGCUCCCCCACAUGCGUCCCAACCACAUCUUCCCCCACCACCCUCUCCUUCCCGGUGGACGUGGACUGCCCCCUUGUCUACCAGCUCUUUGGCCUCACUGAGGAGGCAUUCCUUGCUCAAAACCCCCAACUGGAGAUGGACUACUGCGACACCAUUCCAGCCAACACGGAAGUGAGCGUGGUGCCGCCUCUCAUGGGUUCCGUGCACUGCGGCUCGUUCUACUCCUGGACCCCCGAGGACUCGUGCGAAUCUGUGGCGGAUGCAUUUGGGCUGACUGUGGAUGAGCUGGUGGCGCUGAACCCGGGCGUCAACUGCACGGAUGCCUCUGCAGACAAUGCUCCCCGCGAGAACCAGCAGCUGUGUGUCUCAGAGGGCAACGGCGCUGAUCUACCCAUGUGCACACAGUGGUACACGGUGCAGGCCGGGGACACGUGCGACAGCAUCAUGGCGGACAAUGCCCUCAACGAUACCACCUUCUUCUCGCUCAACCCGGGGAUGUGCUGCGACAGCCUCUUCCCCUCCUUCGGAGGAGAGGACAUGGGCUGGGUCGGCGGCGGUGUGCAGGUGUGCAUCGACGCAUACCUAGUGGAUGCACCUGGUCCAUACGCCACUCCCCGCUCACUCCGGGAGCUACCUGCCGCCCUCUCAUCCCUCCCCUCCUCUCAUCCAUCGCUCCCCUCAUUUCACCCUUCCCUCUCCUCCUCCUCCUCCUCUUUCUCAUCCUCCUCGUUCCGCAGGAGAACUGUGUACGCCAGCAGCGACUGAUAAGUAAAUAUUUCUUGCUCCUUUGCAGUGCCGUUGCUUGGGAAUGGCAGGGACCCGUUGAAGAGGUGACAGCAGGGGUUUCUUGGCUGUCAUGUGUGCCUCUGGGAAAGAUGGCGGAUUUGUAGUGU